AUGGCUCAAAAUGUUCAAAAAAAUUAUAUCUGCGAACUGGCUAAUGAAAUCAUGAUAAACAUCUUUAAAUAUGUAGAUUAUCCUAAGGAUUUAUCUAUUAGCUGUAAGCAAUGGUUUAUUAUAGCCAGAGACGAUUAUGCAAAGACAGAAUGGAUUAUUCGUAAGUUCGGGCUGGCCCACUGCCUUUUUCAUUCAAUUCGAUUGGGUUCUACAUUUAUCAAUGUCGCCGUUGCCCAAAAAAUCAUUUCAAAAGGUGGAAUCCUUUCAAGAUACCUUAUUCAAUGGCUUAUUAACGACAAAACAACUUCCUGGGUCAACAAUUUAUCGUCUGAUGUUUUUAUGUUUUUAUUAAACAAAGCAUAUAAUACGUUUAAAGACGAUUUGCACCAAAAGGGAAAUGAUAUGAGGGAUUUUUAUAAUUUUUCCGGAGGUUCUUACACAAUUAAUCUUGCGACAAUUAUUUUAAAUGAAAAUUUCGAAAAGAUCAAAUUUUUGAUAUUGUGCAUGAAGUUUAUUCCAUUGCCAUCAUAUAGAAAUCGCCGAGUUAUUGCAAGAUCAAUCUUUCUCCGUAAAGAUCUUGUACUUUUGUGGAAAAAAAUUGGCUACCACGAAAUCUAUGAAGACUUUGGUGAUCUUGUAAUACAAGAAACUCUUGAUGAUGUAUUUUCACAAAUCCAACACCCUAAUGUUGAAACUGUUAUUGUACAACUUAACGAAUUGGUUGAUCUAGGAUUUCAAGUAAAUUAUAAAAUUUCUAUUAAACUUCUUCACCAUUUUGAACAUCAACUAGAAAAUGUCGGAGAAAUUAUAAUUACCGCAUUUAUAGAAAUGAUGCAAGAAGUACGAAAAAGCUUCAUCAAUAAGUGUUUUAUGCUCUUAGAAAACCCAAACUUAAACCAAAAUAUAUUGAACUUUCUCUAUAACCUCCUACCCGAUAACUCUGAGAGCAAAUAG